CACGCCGCGCACCCCGCGCCUAGAAGAAGUGCGUCAGCGAAAAUGGCCGUGGCACAUUUUUGUACGCGUUCUGAUGCUACAGCCGCCCACGCGGCGAUAUCCACGGCGGUGUAGGUGAUCGACGCUCUCGCAUUUUUCUCAUUUCUCCACUACCUGUCUUUCUGACGAGUCGGCCGCGCGCGUCUGCGACCAGCACUUCGGCCACCCCAGCAUGUUGGUGUCACUGAGCGUGGGUUUGCUGCUGGCGCUGCUGCCGGCGACGAGGGCCUGGGACUUCAACGGCGUGGUGCCCCAGGACGCCCCCGUCGUCAGCGUGGCCGUCUGGGAGAACCGCGCCUUCCUCGCCGUGCCGCGCGUUUGGCGCGACCCCCGCGAUGCCCUGGACAAGAGCCUGGGGCGGGAGUGGGGCCGAGGGCGCGGCCGAGCGAAGGGGAGGCGAGGCAGCUCCUCCGGUUCGCUGACGUUCAUCCACGACGGCCCCACGCUCCUGGAGGCGCCCUGGCCGGAGCCCCGCGACGUGGCCGUCAACGCGACGGGCAGGGCGAGCAGCUGGAUGCGGAGCAGGAGGCUGGCCGCGGUGCGCGCCUUCCCGCGCCUCGAGGAGCAGGCUGUGGGUGACCGCGCCAGGCUGCAGUCGGUGACCGCCGUCGCGGUGGAGUCCGGCCGCGGCGCGGCGCGCCUCUGGGUGCUGGACAGCGGCGAGGAGCCCUCCAACUCGCUGGCGCGCUGCUCGCCCAAGAUCGUCGUCUUCAACCUGCGAGGCAACAACCAGAAGGUGUGGCUGCGCCAGUUCGACGGCCUGCCCCCCGGUGCGGUGUCCGGGCUAGCCGUCGACCCCACGGCCUCGGACACGCGCGCCUACGUCGGCCACCCGGACGUCGGCGGCGGCGGCACCAUCAUCGUGCUCAGCUGGAAGGGGAAAUCGUUCUGGAAGCUUCGGCUGAACGGAAUGGAGGCAGGGCCGCAGCCCCAGCCGCCGCGGGCCCCGAGGCGCCGUGCGCCAGUGAAGUGCGGCCCGCCGCCCUGCUGGGACAUCGCGUUUAUGCAGACGGCCAAGAGGACGCCCAGGAUGGUCAUCAUGCCGCGGGACGCGCAGGGCAUCUUCGACGUGGCCCUCGGCGCCCUGCGCGGCCCCGCCCCGGACGCGGAGCACAGGAACGACGCGCUCGUGGCCGCGGCGGAGCUCGGCGUGCGGCGGCUCGCCCGGAAGCCCACACCCUGCCCGUCGUGCGGUCUGCUGGGGGAGCCCUCUGGCGGGCUGCUGUACUUCCUGAUCGGCGCGGACGGCGGCGGCGUGGUGCGCUGGGACCCUCGGCGGGGCGCGGGCGAGCGCGGGCACUCCGUCAUCUACAGCGACAACGCCUCGCUGCCGCUGUCCGCCGCGCUGUUCCUCGACGCGCAGGGCGCCGCCUGGGCCGCCUGCACCACCUUCGCCGAGCACCGCGACGACGACCUGGACGACCGCGAGGAGGAGGUGGAGGUCGACGCGGAGGACUACGAGGAGGACGACGAGGAGAACGAAUACCAUGACGCCGUCGCGCGUCCGCCGCCACGGCCCGCCAGGAGACGGCACCGAUUCCCCCGUGGAGCAGUCAGGUGGACGAGCGUUAGAUCCUGGAACCAGGACAACGACGACGAGGGCUCCGGCCAGGACGACCUGGACGGCGAGGACGACGAGCACGCUGCCGAGCCGCAGGAGUACGUGUGCAUGUCCCCCGUGGCGAACCCCGUGGCCGCCGCCGCGCCGUGCGCGAAGGCGGACAAGCGAAGCGGAGGCUUCGGCCCCUCCAGCAGGCCCCGGGGAAGUCCCAAGGCCCUCGACGACGCCAACACCAUGAUGGUCACCAGGAGGAGGGAGCACGGGCGCCACAGCGAUCGCGACGACGACGGCGUCGCUGGGGCGCACAGGAACGUGCUGAUCGAGGACGGCGACGACGCCCCCGCGGCCCGCACCCUCGCCGUCCCCCGCAGCCGCACCGCCGCCCGCGCCGCCCUCCGCCCCACCGUGCACUGCGUGAGGCUGCAGUGGAGCGACCGCGAGGACGACGACGAGGAGGAGGUCGGAGAGUGUCAAAGAAACUGACAAGGCGUAGUUUGGAAUUUCGUUUCGUGUAUCAGUGUGAACGGAAGCAAUAAAAAUGUGGUUUCCAAGUGGUUCUCAA